AUGAAAGACAAAACAGUUGGAAACCUAAUGGACCAGAUUUUGUAUGAGCUUGAAACAUCAAGAGAAUUUAUUAAGGGCAAGUUUGAAAAUAGAGAAAAGCAUGAAAAGGAUGAUGAAAAAAAUGGAGAAAAAGAUGGAGAAAGCCAACAUUUGCUUGAGGUAGAACCAAGAGAAGUUUACAAAAAGUACAAGAGCGUAUUAACUGCAAUUGAUAAAAAAAUUAAGUUUUAUAAAAAUGUGAACGAUGAAUUGAUGAACGCAAAAAAUGAAAAUGGCAUCAAAGAUAAGUGUGAGAAAAAUAAUGAAAAUGGAAAAUGUGACAAAAGUAGCACGGACUCUAAAAUAUCAGCUAGUAGAAAGGGUAAUUUUUUUGAAGAAUAUGAAAAAUAUAAACGCAGACUGCACAAAAUGAAAAAGAAAACAAUUGCAGGAUAUACCACCGAGGGAAACGCAAUAAUUAUAAACAAUGAAAAAUUUUCAAAACUUUUUAUGAAUUAUAAUUUUAUUAGGGACAGAAAAAAUGGCACUAAAGACAUGAGACAUCAUUUUUCACAUCACAAUGGGAAAACUAAUGAAGAUGAUGAAAAUGAGGUUAGUGGAAUAGAUAGAAUGACACACUGCAAUGAUAUAAAUGAUCAGACUGGAAUGCCUGACUUAAGCGAACAAUCAUGCUCUAGUUCUAGCAUCGUUUCUCUACACAGUUUCAUAAAAAGAGAGAAAAUCAAAAGAAUAAAAAAAAAUAGAGAAGAAUAUGUAAAACAUAAAUAUCAUGACAAUGCAUAUGUUAUUCACAAAUUGUAUUCUUGUAGUGACUGUUCGUCUAGUUCUUUCAGCUGGUAUAGUGAUGAAUAUGACGACUUGUUCUACUAUUCCAAUUUGCUGAAGGAGGACAAACAGUUGAGGAAGCAUGCGCUGAAAUUUAACCGUAGAAACGGAGAAACCAGUGAAGUAGAGAAAUAUGUGCAUAACCAGGUGAGUCAAUCAGAGGGUAGUGAAGGGUGCAAUGAAAAGCAUAGCGAGAACAAAAGAGAAAAAAAAGGCGAAACAGAGGGAGAGAAGAAAAAUCGUGAAAACAAGGACAAAAAAGAGGGCCAAGGACAAACGAAGAUGGACCUCGAUAAAAUCGCCGAAGAAUCUCCCUUCUACAAUCACAUCUAUUUCAAGUAUGCAGAGACAGAUAAAAGGAAAUUAUACCCCGUUUUUAUAAAUAUCAUAAAUGGGAAAAAGAAAUUAUGCAACUUAAAAAAAAUUAGUAGACACAAAUACAAGAAGAGUUAUGAACCAGAAGAGGUAAAUAAAUACGAAUUAGAUAACGCAUUAUUUAGUUACAAAAAUACCAAACAUCUUCCAUCCGUUGAAUAUGAAACAAAGAAAAAAGGAAACCAAAUUAUGGAAGUCCAGAAUGUCGAAAUGUUUAAGAAAAAACAUUUUGACUCAGACGAAUUCAACUACUCAAUAGACAAAAUUAUGCAUCAACUAGAGAAAAUCUCGAGCUCUGAAAAAGAAGGCAAUAAAAAAUUCAAUCACUCUGAUCACUUUAACAAUUUUAUUAAGAAAAAUAAAGAAUAUCUAAAACGGGAAAACAAUUUUUCCUUGCAAAAGCUAUGCCAAGUGGAAAAAAUAAGAUUAAAAGUAAAGAUAAUAGGAACCGAUGGAAAAGAAAUCAAAAACAAAAGUUUGGACAAUGUUCUUAUAAACAAGAAUAAAACCUUUGGCGAUUUGGCUUCCCGAUUGGGUAAUUCGUUUAAGUUACCAAAUGACAAAAUAGAAAAAAUAAAAAUAUAUUUUGAUGGAGACUUAUGCGAUAAGGAUCUUACAUUUGAUAAUGAGGAGCUAGGAUUGGAAGAUGGCUAUCAGAUAGACGUGAAGUUCCCCUUGACUGAUGACAUUGCCAACAAACAUGAUGAAGAAAGUUUCAGCGAUGAUAACUACGUGCUCAUACUACCUGACUCAUACGUUAUUGAUUAG